AUGUGGGCUAAAGGGGUCUGGUUCUCUAUGGCGACUCCGAAAUUUGCAUUCAUAGUCUGGUUGGCUAUGAAGAAUAGAUUAUCUACUAUGGAUAGAAUCGCAAAAUGGAGCCAAGGAGUAGACACAGAGUGUGUGCUCUGUCAUGCUGAAGCAGAAACCCGAGAUCAUUUAUUUUUCAAAUGUUCCUACUCUGGCCAGUUAUGGAGGUACCUAGUUGGUGGGAUUCUUGGCAGUUCUUAUACGGAUGUUUGGAUUGAGAUAGUGCAGAAGAUGUCAGGUAGUACGCUGGAUAAGAAGAGCUUAUUUUGUUUGAGGUAUGCAUUUCAGGCUGCUACUUAUGCAAUUUGGCGAGAGAGAAACAGAGUGAAGCAUGGGGAGAGGCUAAUGCAUCUGGAUCUUCUAAAAAAGAUCACUGAAAAAGGAAUCAGAAACAAGCUUAGUUUGAUUAGAAGGAAGGGUGGGAGAGGUAUGGAGAAUGCUCUCCAAUAUUGGUUCCAAACAAGAGGAGUGUAG